AUGGAUAAAGGGAAGGAAACCAAGAGAGCCAUGAACGACGCCGCCGCCGCCGUCGACCACCAGGAACUGAAGUACCGCGGCGUCCGGCGGCGGCCGUGGGGGAAGUACGCGGCGGAGAUACGGGACCCGGCCAGGCAAGGCGCGAGGUUGUGGCUGGGGACGUACGACACGGCGGUGGAGGCCGCACGUGCGUACGACAGAGCCGCAUUUAACAUGAGGGGACACCUCGCCAUCCUUAACUUCCCCAACGAAUAUUACUGGCAGGUGAUGAGCCCCACGACUCCACGUCCUCCUUCCACGUGGGACAAAGCUGGCGGAGGAGGGAGCAGCAGCUCGUCGUCGUCCGCCGGGGCGACGAUGAGGGGCAACGGCGGCGGCGGAGGGAAAGAGAAGCAGCAGGUGUUUGAGUUCGAGUACUUGGAUGACAGCGUGCUGGAUGAGCUUCUGGAAAACUCGUCUGAAGAUGAGAAAAAACGACGAUAUCAAGGAUAA